GAACCCCAUCAGGUCAGUCAUGGGGGCUUUGAUAUCCAGAUGGAAGACAAAACCAACCACAGUUGAGCAACUGGAGAAUCUGGAAAAGGAGAUCAAAGAGCUGGAAGAGUUCAGAGCCAAAAACCAGCGUUUGCAAAAGCUGUGGGUCGGACGGUUGCUGCUGUACUCGUCCGUCUUGUACCUCCUCACCUCUUUGGUCGUCUACUUUCUCUACUUUCCUGAAGAAUGGUUGCAGAGAGUCGCCAUGGCCCUGCCCUUCUUUGUUUAUCCUGUGCUAGUCUGGGCGAUAAGGAAGCUUUUGAUUUUCCUCUUCUCCAAACGCACAGAGAGAAACAACGAUAAGCUGGAAGACUCAAAAGCUGCUAAGAAAAAGAUCCUGGAGGAAGUGAUGGAAACAGAGACGUACAAAAACGCCAAACUGAUCCUGGAGCGCUUUGAUCCAGAAGCCAAGAAGAAAGCCGAACUGGAGUCCACUCCGGUGCGUCCUCACAUCACCCCCAGACCUGGUCAAGAGAUCCGACAGAGGGGGGUUCCCAUGAGACCAACACUGAUGGGCACCCCUGUUUCAAUGGUAAUGACCCCCCCACCUGGAGCACGGCCCCCCAUGGGACCAGGAGGAACACCUGUGGCUCCAGGAGGUCCGCCGGAGAAAUGUACCCCCUCCACCUCCAUCCACCAGGUUUCUGUGCUGAGGACCCCCUGCUCCCCCAUUCCAGGAGUAGGUAUGCACCCCCCAGGUCCCCCUUUAGCCAGGCCCAUCCUUCCCAAAGACAGAGGGACUCUGGAUAGAGUUCUGGAGUUCUUGGUUGGAGAUGGACCACAGAACAGAUACGCUCUGAUCUGCCAGCAGUGUUUUUCUCAUAACGGCAUGGCUCUGAAGGAGGAGUUCGAGUACGUUGCUUUCCGUUGCGCGUACUGCUACUUCAUGAACCCGGCCCGGAAGACUCGGCCUCAUGCUCCCAGACUUCCAGAGUACAGUUAUGAGAGGAAGCUCAGAGGAGAGGUGCGCUCUCCAGGACACGUCCAACCCACCGAGACAGAGACCCAGGAUAGCGCGCCUCCUUCUGGAGACGAAAAGGAAGUGGAAGAGGAUGAAGGACACAAAAAUGUGGUAGAAACUGAGAGCCAAUCAGAGGGCCAGGAGGAGCAGCAGCAGGAGGAGGAGGAAGUGGAGAAGCAGGAAGAUGACUGCCUGGUUCAGGAAGAGGAAGAAGGUCGCUGUGAAGCUCCAGAGACAGAAAGUGGAGAGUUGUAGUGACAGUCUGGAUGAGGAUGAAGGCGUCGGUGUUCUGCUGGUGGUUUGAUGGACGGCGUCGGAAUGGAGCAUCUCUGACGAUAAAGUUCUGUUCAUAAAUGUUCAUUUUAGUGCUGGGAUGAAUGCAGUGGUGAUGUCCAUCACUUCUUAAGGCUUUUUCUUGAUGCUGACAGUUUCCCGAUUUGCUCCUUUUAGUUUAAGAAGCUUGAAGGUCUUUUUAGGCGGAAUAGGUCUGGAUUUUUGUAUUGGAUUUUUUUAAGGAUUUGAUUGGACAGACAGUUCUGCAGCUUUCUUCUCACCUCCUCUUGUAGGAUACGACUGUUUUUCACUGAUGCAUGUGAGCAUUUCAUCCUGCUGAGUUUAUUUAUUGUUGAAGGUUGUGCAGCUAUAACUUCCUGUAUGAAAUGUGAGCGGAGAACUGCAGAGCGUUUUAUUUGUCAUCUGAAACUGUUUUGUUUUUUAGUUGUGUUUUCAAGACAUGAGCACACAGAAGCUCUGAAAGAGAAAACGUCUGACAGCUUUUGGAAGCAGCUUGAACUGAAGGACGGCACAAACUUCAGCUGAAAAACUGCCGGAGCGCUUCUUCUCUUCGUUCUCUUAUUUAUUUAUUUAUUUGGCCAUAUUGCGAGUUCACUUCAGGAAUUGCUCUUAAACACAGACUGAGGCUUUCUUUAGGCUCACUAGCAUUUGGAAGUAAUUGAUAGUGUUUUUGCUUUUGUGAUUUUUUUUUUUUAAUGUUUUAACAUAGUUGCCAUGGUUACAUGUGCCUUGUUUACUGAUUGUGCGCUCAUCUGUUUACAGUUUAAGAUGUUUGUCUGCAAAAAAGUAGCUUUACUGUCUAUGCAAAAGCAGAGAGUUUAGGUGGAUAUUUUUUUUAUCCUAUUACUUAGUUUUAGUGAAACGUAGUUUUUGAUAAAAGUUUUCACCUCCAAACCAGAAACUCCAAAUGUUUUAUUUGGUUCACACAAACUACAAAAUGUGAGGUUUUUAGUGUAUUAAAACAUUUUCAACAUGUUUAUGUUCUUUUUUUAUGUCACAUUCGUCUUUUUUUUGCCACAUUAUGUCUGUAAGAGUCGCAUGUUUAAUAAAGUUUUCACUCAUGAGCAAA